AUGGCUUAUGAUUUUGGGCUGGGGAUAAGGGCGUACAUUGCGAACCGAGUGACAGACAAGCUGACGCGGGUGUCUGAUCACAUCUAUUGCUGUCGCUCUGGAUCCGCCGCCGACACUCAAGCGGUCUCUGACAUAGUCGCUUACCAUCUCGACUUUCAGCAGUCAGAGACUCAGGAAGCACCCCUUGUCAAGACUGCUGCGAAUCUGUUUCGACAGAUGUGCUAUAGGUACAGAGACCAGUUGAGUGCUGGCAUUUUAUGUGCAGGCUGGGAUAAGAAGGAAGGCGGACAGGUGUACUCCAUUCCUCUUGGAGGAAUGUUAAUCCGGCAGCCAUUUUCAAUCGGUGGCUCUGGCAGCAGUUACAUAUAUGGUUACGUGGAUUCCGUUUUCAAGCCAGGAAUGUCACGGCAAGAAUGUGAGAAGUUCGUAGAGAAUUCGCUGGCAUUGGCGAUGAUGAGAGAUGGCAGCAGCGGUGGCGUGAUACGAACAGCAGUCAUCACAGAGAAGGGCGUUGAAAGAAAGGUUAUUCUUGGUGACAAACUGCCAAAGUUCUUUGAAGGAUAG